GCUUAGCUUUGACUGGGACACCGGAACUUGGAAGAUGGCGGAGAAAGAAGUAGCAUUCAAAAAGGAGACUGUGAGCAAACUCCUUAACAGUUUCUUCAAGGAGGAGAAAACCAAACUUAGUGGGAAUGCUGCCCUGCUCAUGGCAGAGAUGCUGAAAGUAUUUGUUCAAGAAGCUGCUCAGAGGUCUUUAAAACAGGCGGACACAGAAGAUUGUGACCAGGUGGACAUCGAACACUUGGAGAAGAUCUUACCUCAACUGCUGCUUGAUUUCUAGCCUGUCAGGAGAUGGAGCCAGAGUGUUGUGCACAGUGCACUUAUUCUUCCCAGCCCCUUUGCACCCAGGGUUGAUAUUCAAACUAUUAGAUUGUGUCAGUGUCAACUUACCACUCAUGUCAACCUAAGAUUUCACAUGUAAUGUGGCCUUGCACAUUUCUGGACAUCUCACCCACUCUCUGGAUCUUGACAUUGGACAAUGUAAAUACUGCAAAUAAAUAAAUAUGUUUGUGAACAA